AUGCUUCGCUCUGCGCCAGCUGACUACCUGACGAAUAUUCAAGGGGAGCAAUAUGUGCCCCCACCAAAGUACCCAGUGUACUACUUUUUCUACGGAACUUUGACUGCACCCAAAACCCUCAAAAGAAUCAUCGACAUAUCGGAUGAACCUAAAAUGCGGAAAGCGAAAUUAAUUGGAUAUGCGCUCGCAAAAUGGGGCGAUUAUCCUGCUUUGAUUGAUGGUGAAUCUGGCCAGGAAGUUCCCGGGUAUGCGUAUAUUGUGAAUUCCGAAGAAGAGGCUGAGAAAUUGGCAUACUAUGAGACCAAUGCAUACGAAGAAGCAGAUUGCUUGAUUUUCUUCGAUGACGAGGAAGAGCCGGUGGAAGUUUCAGGGAAGACAUUUAAAUAUGCUGGUGAUGCCCAGGCUUUGUUGGAACAGCGAUUUGAUCGAAAACUAUGGACACGUCAAAUGGCAGGGAGGUUACUUUAA